GGACAGUGUUGCUUGGUUGUUGGGGGCGGGAGGUUGUGUCGCGUGUUCCUGCUGCUCACACCAUGAGCGUUUCCCGUGUUUGCUCUCGAGUGAUGUAUGAAACUUAGGAGAUCAAAACUUGGUAAUGUGGAAGCUAGAGGGAGAGAAUGAGCAAGUACUACGGUAAUAUACACGAGAAAUGUAUACCUGAAAAAAUCCAGAAAAUGUAUUUCUGGAUUUCCAGAAAUCUUCAAGAUGUAACGAGAUGUGAACAAUGAAGCCAAGAGGAAAUAUUGUCAGACAACAUGAGGAUACGAGGCAGAUUAAAGCCUUUACUUCUGUUUGUCAUAUUCUGUUUAAGUAUCAUAAUAUACAACUUGAAGGGAGCCCGUGUAGACAGCUGGGACGAUGGCAAUUAUAAACAGAAUUUAAGAGUCGCCAGGAUAACAGCUCAUGAUCUUCUCACCAUUGGGCAUCAUCUGGAGGCUGUCACGAUCCCUUCUACUACAGGCCUAGCAGUCAAUCUGUCCACCGUCAAUGGAACUGUUAAUAUUACAAAAUCUCAGGUAGAUACUCCAUCCACUGUUAGUGUACCUUGUGACCGUGCCUGCCAGUUCCACCACAUCGUCAAACAAGGCAGUGGCCUAGACAAUGGAGUUAGUCAAUUAAAACAUACUAACAUAACCAGGAAAUUGACAAACCAAGAGUAUGCUGUACAGAGGAAAAAUUUUGUGCAGUCCCAUCUUAACAAUAAUAAAAGCGGGUGGAAGCCAUGUGAUAAGGCGUGUCGAGCAGCCAACUUGAAGAAUCACAAACUGCACAGAGGAGCAGGCUAUGCUGCCAGGGUGCAGGUGGAGACCAUGACUUUGCCAGACUCUUGGACAGUGACACAGGCGCUGGUAGACCGACUGUCUGUUAGACGCAACCAUGUUCGAGAGGUCUGUAGAAAAUAUGGAUUAGAUAAGCCUUCGGAGACGUACCAGCCAAAUGCCUGGGAAUUCUUGAUAAAUGAAAAAUAUGGCUUAGUAUGGUGCAACAUUUUCAAGGCUGCAUCAUCAACAUGGUUCUAUAACUUCAACCUGCUUGCAGGAUUCUCAGAGACAGAGCUUCUUCACUCAAAAGAUACUCCAAUUCAGCUUGCUAGGAAGCGUUAUGCAAGACCAUCUGUUGAGGAGCUGCAGAAGUUUAUGAAUUCAUCGCAACAGCCACUCUCCUUCAUGAUUGCAAGACAUCCUCUAAAGAGACUUGUAUCAGGGUACAGAGACAAGAUCCACUCGGGCAACAGAUACUACAGUAGACUAUCUCGGGCCAUCAUGAAACAGUACCCCCAGUUGAAGCCAGAAACACUAGCACCUAGAUCCUUCCGGUCCUUCUUUGGAAGAGCAGGGCCUCUGUCUGUUGUGCCAUCAUUCCCACAAUUUAUACAGUUUCUGAUAGAUGAAAAUGCGAAAGGUGCAAAGCUUGACGAGCACUGGACUCCUAUGAAUCGGUUUUGUACACCAUGCUUGGUGCCUUUUGAUGUAUUUGCAAAGAUUGAAACUUUAGAAGAAGAUGGAAACUACAUCAUCUUUUCUGCUGGUAUAGAAGAUGUGAUUAAACCAAAGAGAAUCAAUCGUUCAAGAAAUGAACCUACGGAAGAAGUAGCCGAUAAGUUCCUCUGCCAACUUUCCCAGAAGCAAAUGGAAGACCUUUUGGAACUAUAUAAAUAUGAUAUUGAGCUCUUUGAAUAUGAUGUCUCCAAGUAUAUAAAUUGUACAAAAUCGCAAACUUAGACAAAAUAAUUAUAAAUACUGUAUAAGGUUUUACAUUUUUAAUGCUGGUAGUAAAUAUGUAAACAAUUUCCUAUCAUUUGUGAAAAAAGUAAUUGAUGUCAUGUGACAAAUACAAAAAUAUUAUAUAUUGCCAAAUGUGUAAAUAUAGUCAAAUAGAUGUAGACUAUGACGACAGUCUUGGGGAAAUGUUAUUGUGGUUAACAUUUAACCAACUUUAAGAUAAUACAUAGAGAGGAAUGUUACACGAAUGUUGUUGUAGCUAGCUUCUUUUUCUCGGGAAAAUGAAGGUAAAAUUUAUAUCUUGGGAUAAAAAACACUAUUUUAUUACAUUUGUGAUGUUUGUAUAUAUGAUUUAAUUUUUAACAACAAAUAUUUUGAAAUUAAAUAUAAGAAAUGCAAUAUAAUGUAAGGCGUGAUAUUUGCAGAACAUUAUAUAUAUAUAGUAUUACUCAUAUUCAUUUUGCUGAAUAGGUAAGUUUUCUAGAUAUUACAAAACCACAACUUCUAGUAGCUAAUGUACUUUUCCUUCACCAGAAAAGCACUAUAAUACAUUUUGGUGUAUCACCAAAUGCCAUGUAACCCCAAACUGUACUGCCACUGACAUUUUCCAGCUGCUAAAACUUGAGAGUACUUGAGCAGUUUGGCUGUAUUGUAGGCCAGACUUGGGCUCUCAUUUCAAGUUUUCACUGUCAGUACUUUAACCUGUAUCAGGAUUAACUAAAGCAUUGAUACAAUGCUAACCCUCCCCUCCUAAUCCUCUUCCUGCCACAUCUUGUGUAUCCUCUCUCUCUCUCUCUCUCUCCCUUAGUGUGUACAUUUGCAUGAAUCUAUGCAUGUGUGCACACUCGAUGCAUAAAUAUGAACACACCCUGCAGUUAAUGAUCAAGAGGUUGAGAGCUGGAACUAAUGCACACAUUUACACACAUGAACUGGCAAACAAAUCUAGUUACCUCAGUCCCCC